GUCGUUGUGGUCGGACUCUAUUAUGGAUUUCUGACCACAUUCUCCAUAGGGCCCUCUUAUCUCUUCCUUCUCCGAGCUCGCGUUCUGGAAGAAGGAGAAGAAGGAACCGAGAAGAAAGUAUCAGCAACAACCGGUUUUAUUACGGGACAGCUCAUGAUGUUCAUAUCGAUCUAUUAUGUGCCUCUGCAUCUAGCAUUGGGUAGACCUCAUACAAUAACUGUCCUAGCUCUACCCUAUCUUUUGUUUCAUUUCUUCUGGAACAAUCACAAACACUUUUUUGAUUAUGGAUCUACUAACAGAAAUUCAAUGCGUAAUCUUAGCAUUCAAUGUGUAUUCCUGAAUAAUCUCAUUUUUCAAUUAUUCAACCAUUUCAUUUUACCAAGUUCAAUGUUAGUCAGAUUAGUCAACAUUUAUAUGUUUCGAUGCAACAACAAGAUGUUAUUUGUAACAAGUAGUUUUGUUGGUUGGUUAAUUGGUCACAUUUUAUUCAUGAAAUGGGUUGGAUUGGUAUUAGUCUGGAUACAGCAAAAUAAUUCUAUUAGAUCUAAUGUACUUAUUAGAUCUAAUAAGUACCUUGUGGCAGAAUUGAGAAAUUUUAUGGCUCGAAUCUUUAGUAUUCUCUUAUUUAUUACCUGUAUCUACUAUUUAGGCAGAAUACCGUCACCCAUUGUUACUAAGAAACUGAAAGCAACCUUAGAAACGGAAGAAACAGAUGUAGAAAUAGAAACAACUUCAGAAACGAAGGGGACUAAACAGGAACAAGGGGGAUCCACCGAAGAAGAUCCUUCUCCUUCCCUUUUUUCGGAAGAAAAGGAGGAUCCGGACAAAAUCGAUGAAACGGAAGAGAUACGAGUGAAUGGAAAGGAAAAAACAAAAGAUGAAUUCCAAGUUAAAGAGACACAAUAUAAAAAUAAACCCGUUUAUGAAACUUAUUAUCUGGAUGUGGAUCGGAAUCAAGAAAAUUCGAAGUUAGAAAUAUUGAACGAAAAAAAAGAUCUCCUUAGGUUUGAAUUUGAAAAACCCCUCGUAACGAUUCUUUUCGACUCUAAACGAUGGAAUCGUCCAUUUCGAUAUAUAAAAAACGCUAGAUUUGAAAAUUCUGUAAGAAAAGAAAUGUCACAAUAUUUUUUUCAUACAUGUCAAAGUGAUGGCAAAGAAAGAAUAUCUUUUACGUAUCCACCUAGUUUGUCAACCUUGUUAGAAAUGAUACAAAGAAAAGUGUCUCUGUUCACUACAGAGAAACCCUCUUCCAACGAAUUAUAUAAUCAUUGGAGCUAUAAUAAUGAAGAAAAAAGAAAAAACCUAAGCAACAAAUUUAUAAAAAGAGUCAAGGCUCUAGACAAAACUUUAAAUAGUAAAUCCCUUAUUCUGGAUGGACUCGAAAAAAGAACUAGAUUGUAUAAUGAAAAUACAAAAAAAACAUAUUUACCGAAAAUAUAUGAUCCUUUUUUAAAUGGAGCCUACCGUGGACAAAUUAAAAAAUUGUUUUCACUUUCAAUCCAAAAUGAAAUUUCCAAAAAAAAGGACAUAGAAAGAAGUUGGAUAAAUAAAAUUCAUAGUCUCUUUCUUAUUAUAAAUUAUUUAGAAUUUGAACAAAAAAAAAAUAAAUUAGAAAAUUUUGAUAAAAAAUUAUUUAAAAAAGAAACUCUUUUUUUCUUGAACUUAAUUAAUGAAUUUACUGAAAAAUCAAGUUUCAAUUUUAAAACAAAUUAUUUACUUACUGAACAGAAACAGGUGAGAAUUAAUUCAGAAGGACAAAAAAAAAAAAUAAAAUUGCUAUUUGAUAAAGUUCUAAACGAUCCUAACAAUAAAGCAAUUCGAAACGAAUCUAUUGGACUAAAAGAAAUACGCAAAAAAGUUCCUCGUUGGUCAUACAAAUUAAUAAAUAGUUUUGAACACGCCGACGGCCCAAUUGAAGAAAUGUUAGGAAGAACUCCUGAAAUUCGUUCAAGAAAAUGCAAACGUGUAGUGAUUUUUAAUCAUGACCUAAGAAAUACCAAUAUUUCUAGUAAUACAUCUAAUAAUCCACAAGAGAUUACUAAAAAUAUUAAAAAUAACGACGAUUAUGAAGAACCAAAGGUAAUUUCUUUAAUACGUUUUUCACAACAAUCAGAUUUUCGUCGAGACAUAAUCAUAGGCUCGAUGCGCGCCCAAAGGCGUAAAACGCUUAUUUGGAAAUCCUUUCAAGCGAAUAGUCAUUCCCCCCUUUUUUUGGACAGAAUAGACAAAGAUUUUUUUUUUUCUUUUUCCGCGCCGGUGAAAAAAAAAAUUCAAAAUUGGUUAUGGAAAAACAAAGAAUUUCCAGUUUCAGAUUAUAGAGAAAAAAGAGAAAACGAAAGGAUUAAAAAAAACGAAGAGAAAAAAAAAGAAGAAGAACGUAUAGAAAGAGCCGAAGCCUGGGAUAGCAUUGUAGUUGUUCAAAUAAUAAGAAGUCUUGUGUUAGUAAUCCAAUCAAUUCUGAGAAAAUAUAUUAUAUUACCCUCAUUGAUAAUAGUUAAAAAUAUGGGUCGUAUACUAUUGUUUCAAUCUCCCGAAUGGUCUGAGGAUUUAAAAGAUUGGAAGAGAGAAACGCAUGUUAAAUGCACUUAUAACGGCAUUCAAUUAGCAGAAAAUGAAUUCCCAAAAAACUGGUUAAUAGACGGUAUUCAGAUAAAGAUCCUAUUUCCCUUUCGUCUGAAACCUUGGCACAAAGCUAAGCUUAAGCGACAAGAAACUUCUAAUAAUCCGAUCAAAAAGAAAGAACAAACAAAUGAUUUUUCUUUUUUAACAGUUUUGGGGAUGGAAACUGAACUUCCUUUUGGUUCUCCCCGAAAACAAAUUUCAUUUUUUGAACCUAUUUUUAAAGAAAUCAAAAGAAAAUUAAUAAAAUUGAAAAAGAAAUGUUUUAGAGUUGUCAAAGAAAGAAAAGAAAGAACAAACUCAAAAGAAACAAAAGAAGGGGUUAUUCAAAAUCAAAGCAUUCUUUUUUUUAAAAAAAUAAUAAAAGAACUCUCAAAAAUAAACCUAAUUUUCUUGAAAGAGAAAGAAGUCGAAAUAUAUGAAUUGAGUAAAAAAAAAAAAGAAAAAAAUUUGAUAAUUAAUAAUGAGAUAAUGGAUGAAUCAUCGAUUAACAUUGAAUCGACGAAUUGGACAACCUUUUCAUUGAAAAAAAAAAAAAUACAAGAUCUAACUAAUAAAACAAAUACAAUCAUAAAUCAAAUACAAAAAAUUCCAAAAGACAACAAAAGGGGAUUUAUAAACCCACAAAAAAUUUUUAGUUUUAACGAAAUAAGUUAUGCUGAUGAAAGAUUGAAAUUUCCAAAAAAGAUUUUUCAGACAUUAAAAUUAAAAAGAAGAAAGGCUCGACUAAUCCGUAAAUCCUUUUUUUUUUUUCAACUUUUAAUUCAAAGGAUAUCUAUAAAUAUAUUUCUAUUUAUCAGUAAUAUUCCUAGAAUAAAUGUACAAGUUUUUUUCUAUUUUUUUGAAUCAACAAAAAAAAUUCUUAAUAAAUACAGUUCCUAUAAAAACCCUAUUUCGACUAACGAAACAAAUCCAAAUAUAACUCAGUUUAUUUCGACUAUAAAAAAAUCAAUUUCUAAUCUUAAUAAGUCACAGACUUUUUAUGACUUAUCUUAUUUGUCACAAGCAUAUGUCUUUUAUAAAUUAUCACAACCCCCCUUUUUUCACUUUUUUAAUUUAUAUAAGUCAAAAUUAAGAUCUGUCUUUCAAUAUCAAUAUAAGGGAACAUCUUUUUUUCUUAAGAAUGGAAUAAAGGAUUAUUUUGUUGGAACGCAGGAAAUUUUUAAUUCCGAAUUAAGACAUAGAAACCCCAGCAAUUAUGGAAUAAAUCAAUGGAAAAAUUGGUUAAAGGGUUAUUAUCAAUAUGAUUUAUCUCAGUCUAAAUUAAUACCCCCAAAAUCGCGAAAUAUAGUAAAGAAAAACUCUAUAGUUCAAAAUAAACAUUUCAAGAAAUUUGAUUCAAACGAAAAAAAUCUAUUAAUUAACUCCGAAAAACAAAAAAAAAAUGUUAAAAAACAAAAUAAAUAUGAUCUUUUAUCAUAUAAUUUUAUUAAUUAUGAAGAUAAGAAGACCCCAUCUUUUUAUGAAUUUCCAUUACAAGAAAAUCAUAAUCAAGAGGUCCUUUAUAAUUACAAAAAAAAUAAACAAAAAAUUUAUAAUAUGUUGAUAGAUAUUCCUAUCAACAAUUAUCGAGUAGAAGAGAAUAUUAUAGAUAUAAAGACAAAUCCUGAUAGAAAAUUUUUUGAUUUAACAAUUCUCAAUUAUUGUCUUCGAAAUAAAAUCUAUAUAGGGGCCUGGGUCGAUAUCGAUACUCACCCCAAGAGUAAUAAAUAUACUAAAACUUGGUCUAACAAUUAUCAACUAAUUGAGAAAAUCGACAAAAAAGGUCUUGUUUAUCCCACGCUUCAUCAAAAUCAAGAAAUCAACCCAUCAAAAAAAAAAACACUUUUUGAUUGGAUGAGAAUAAAUGAAGAAAUAAUAAGUUGUCCCAUAUCCAAUUUGGAACUUUGGUUUUUCCCGGAAUUUUUGAUACUUUAUAAUUCGUAUAAGAUUAAACCAUGCGCAAUACCAAUUAAAUCGCUCCUUUUAAAUUUUAAUGAAAAUGUUAGGGAAAAUAAAAGCACCGCUGAAAAUAAAAAAAGAAAUAUUUUUCUAUCAAUAUUUUCAAAUGAAAAAAAAUAUCUUGAAUUAGAAAACCAAAAUCAAAGAGAAAAAGAAUUCACAGUUCAAGAAAAUUUGGACUUAACUCUGUCAAACCAAGAAAAAGAUAUUGAAGAAAAUUAUGCACUAUCAAAGAUGAAAAAAAAUAAAAAACAAUACAAGAACAAUAUGGAAGCGGGAUUUGAUUUCUUACUAAAAAGAUAUUUGCUUUUUCAAUUGAGAUGGGAUAAUUCUUUAAAUACAAAAAUGAUUGCUAACAUCAAAGUAUAUUGUCUACUACUUAGAUUAAUAAACCCAAGAGACAUUACAAUAGCCUCUAUUCAAAGGGGAGAAAUGAGUCUGGAUAUUUUAAUGAUUCAGAAAAAUGUAAAUCUUACAGAAUUGGUUAAAAGGGGAAUAUUACUUAUUGAACCUGUUCGUCUAUCUAUAAAAAAUGAAGGGCAGUUUAUUGUAUAUCAAACUAUAGGUAUUUCGGUGCGUCAUAAGAGUACACACACGAUUAAUCAAAGGUACCGAGAAAAGGAACCGGUUGAUAAGAAAAAUUUUGAUGAAGUCAUUUCAAAACAUCAAAAGAUGGCUGAAAAUAGAGACAAAAACCAUUAUGAUUUGUUUGUUCCUGAAACGAUUUUAGCCCCUAGACGUCGUAUAGAAUUGAGAAUUCUAAUUUGUUUUAAUUCUAGAAAUCAAAAAGGUAUGCCGAGAAAUACAGCAUUUUGCAAUGAAAAUAAGAUAAAGAAAAAAGUUUUGAAUACAAGCAAAAGAGAUAAAAAAACGCUAAUUAAAUUAAAGUUCUUUCUUUGGCCUAAUUAUCGAUUAGAAGAUUUCGCUUGUAUGAAUCGGUAUUGGUUUGAUACCAAUAAUGGCAGUCGUUUCAGUAUGGUAAAGCUACAUAUGUAUCCUCAAUUUAAAAAUUAACCAAAACCGUGUAUUGAAAAAAGGGAAAUAAAGAUUGACUUUAUUUUCUGUGCUGUAGUGUAUAUAUGAAGACAAAAAGAUGCACCUAUAGAUUGUUUUCCAUUCCAUUCGGCUUGAUAAUACUAAUUUGACAACCUCUCAAUAUUUAUAAAUUGAAUCAAUAUUUAUAAAUUAAAAUGAUAAAAAAAUCUUAUUUUAUUGGUUUUAUUUGAAAUUUUAGAUAUAAUUUUUUAUCUUUUAUGAGUGCGGAAACCUUCUUUUUGUAUACUUAUUCGAAUCCAAUUUAAAAUGGAUAUAAUUUUUAACAAAAUUAAGAUUAUUGUGUAUGACAAAUCAAAAAAAUGAGUAUUAUUAUUAUUGAUCAAUAAAAACAUCUAGCCAUAAAAAUGGGGCUGGUGGGGAGAGAAGAGGAGAAGAUUUCGUUUUAUGGUAAAAAAGUCAUUUAUCUCGAUUAUUUCGCACGAAGAAAAAGAAGAAAACAAGGGGUCUGUUGUAUUUCAAAUACUAAGCCUCACAAAUAGGAUACGAAAACUUUCUUCACAUUUGGAAUUGCACAGAAAAGACUAUUUAUCUCAGAGAGGUCUCCGUAAAAUUUUGGGAAAACGCCAAAGGAUGCUGUCUUAUUUGUCAAAGAAAAAUAGAAUACGUUAUAAAGAAUUAAUUAAUCAGUUAGAUAUUCGGGAAUCAAAAAAGCGUUAAUUGGAAGAGGUAUUUAGAAUUAUUUGAUUUAUUAGAUCUUGAAUUUGAAUGAACUAAUUUUUGUUUUGCUUUCAGUAAUUCAUGAAAGAAUGAUUCGAGGAAAAACCUAUGAAUAUACCAGCUACAAGAAAAGACCUCAUGAUAGUAAAUAUGGGUCCCCAACACCCAUCAAUGCACGGCGUUCUUCGACUCAUCGUUACUCUCGACGGUGAAGAUGUUAUUGACUGUGAACCAAUACUAGGCUAUUUACACCGAGGAAUGGAAAAAAUUGCGGAAAACCGAACAAUUAUACAAUAUCUCCCUUAUGUAACGCGUUGGGAUUAUUUAGCUACUAUGUUCACCGAAGCAAUAACCGUAAAUGGACCGGAGUUGUUGGGAAAUAUCCAAGUACCUAAAAGAGCUAGCUAUAUCAGAGCAAUUAUGUUGGAGUUGAGUCGUAUAGCUUCUCACCUGUUAUGGCUCGGUCCUUUUAUGGCAGAUAUUGGAGCACAGACUCCUUUUUUCUAUAUUUUCAGAGAAAGAGAAUUAGUAUAUGAUCUAUUUGAAGCUGCCACCGGUAUGAGAAUGAUGCAUAAUUAUUUUCGUAUCGGAGGAGUAGCGGCUGAUUUACCUCAUGGCUGGAUAGAUAAAUGUUUAGAUUUUUGCGAUUAUUUUUUAACAGGAGUUACUGAAUAUCAAAAACUUAUUACACGAAAUCCUAUUUUUUUAGAACGAGUUGAAGGAGUAGGCAUUAUUGGGAGAGAGGACGUAAUAAAUUGGGGUUUAUCAGGCCCAAUGCUGCGAGCUUCUGGAAUACAAUGGGAUCUUCGUAAAGUUGAUCAUUAUGAAUGUUACGAUGAAUUUGAUUGGGAAGUACAGUGGCAAAAAGAAGGCGAUUCGUUAGCUCGGUAUCUAGUCCGAAUUGGUGAAAUGACAGAAUCCAUAAAAAUUAUUCAGCAGGCUUUAGAAGGAAUUCCAGGGGGGCCAUAUGAGAAUUUAGAAAUCCGAGACGUUGAUAGAGAAAGGAAGCCAGAAUGGAAUGAUUUUGACUAUCGAUUUAUUAGUAAAAAACCUUCUCCUACAUUUGAAUUGCCAAAACAAGAACUCUAUGUGAGAGUCGAAGCCCCAAAGGGAGAAUUGGGAAUUUUUCUGAUAGGGGAUCAGAGUGGUUUUCCUUGGAGAUGGAAAAUCCGCCCGCCGGGUUUUAUCAAUUUGCAAAUUCUUCCUCAGUUAGUUAAAAGAAUGAAAUUGGCUGAUAUUAUGACAAUACUAGGUAGCAUAGAUAUCAUUAUGGGAGAGGUUGAUCGUUGAAAUGAUAAUUGAUACAACAGAAAUACAAGAUAUCAAUUCUUUUUCUAGAUUGGAAUUUUUAAAAGAGACCUCUGGAAUUAUAUGGAUACUUAUUCCUACUUUUACUCUUGUAUUGGGAAUCACUAUAGGUGUACUGGUAAUUGUAUGGUUAGAAAGAGAAAUAUCGGCAGGGAUACAACAACGUAUUGGACCUGAAUAUGCCGGACCUUGGGGGGUUCUUCAAGCUUUAGCAGAUGGGGCAAAACUCCUUUUCAAAGAAAAUCUAUUUCCAUCUAGAGGAGAUACUCGUUUAUUCAGUAUUGGCCCAUCCAUAGCAGUCAUAUCCAUUUUAUUAAGCUAUUCAGUAGUUCCUUUUGGAUCUCACCUUGUUUUAGCGGAUCUGAAUAUCGGUGUUUUUUUAUGGAUUGCCAUUUCAAGUAUUGCUCCCAUAGGCCUUCUUAUGUCAGGAUACGGGUCAAAUAAUAAAUAUUCUUUUUUAGGUGGUCUACGAGCUGCUGCUCAAUCGAUUAGUUAUGAAAUACCAUUAACUUUAUGUGUGUUAUCAAUAUCUCUACGUGCGAUUCGUUAAGACAUAAAUUGUUCUCUAUUUCUUCCUCGUUAUUUCUUUCUUUCUAGGAAAGGGGUGGACUGAAUGGAGAAAAUAUCUUCAUUUUUUUAUUCAUUAUUCGAAUAGAUGAACUAAAUCAGAUAGUUAUAUGAGUGAAAGAAAACUGCUUAUAUAUAUAACGCAGUAAAAAAAUUGAGUCUCAUUUUCUAUGUAUAAGAGUUAGAAAGUUCAGCGGAAAUAAACAAAAGCAGAAGAAAGCGUUUACCCCAAGAUUAGGCGAUUAGUUAUCCUAACUUGAAGCGGGCUCAAAAGAUCAACCAUAUUGCGUUUUCACUCUCGUUUAUAUGUAUUAUCAUACAUGUAUUACCUUAACACAAACAAAUGAUUGAACAAAAACGAGUGGAUGAUUAGAAACACCAAGAUACACAAAGGAUUUGUAAUGGAGAUUAUGUAAAAGAAUAUUUCUGCAUAAUAUACAAAGAAUAUGAAUUGGGGCUUUAAGUUGGUAGAAAUGAUCAAGCAGUACUCCCCACGAUUCCGAUCCAGAGUAUGCUCCUAUCCAUCGAUUAAAUAGAUGACUGUUGGAAACGAAAUAAUCCUUUAUCUUUAUUUUGUAAGUCCCCUUUUUCUUUUCUCAGAAGAAAGAAGAAUAGAAACGAAAAAAAAAAGAGAAAGGAAUAUAAUUACAGUAGAAAAAGGAUUUUUUUUUAGUCUUUCUUUCUAUUCUACUUUUAUUCUUUCCUUUCUCUAUCCAUAUUCAUAUAUGGAGAAUUCAUAUUCAUAUAGAUAGAAUUCAUAUCAUACGUUAUGAAUUAAUAUAGAAUUUUCGUAAGUGAAAAAGCCGGGUUAUUGAGAUUUUUACAAUGAGUAUUUGAUUGAAGAAUUAAAUUAUUACUCAACAAAGACAAAUUCAAAUGAUUGUUGAAAUUUUUAAAGAAGGGAUGAGAUCAAUUCAGAAGUACUAAAUUUUUUUUAUUAUUUUUUGAAAUUAAUAGAAAUAAUUAUUAAAGCAAAACAGACAGAAUUCAAUUGGUCUAAUUUGGGAUCGUAAGAGAAAUUUUGACCUUAUCCAUCUUAAAAAGAUAUCAAGAUAAAAAACAAA